GCCACGCCCUGCCCGCGGGGUGACGUCAUGGGGCGUGUCCAACCAGAGGACAGAGGGGACUCCACAAUGGGAGACAGUUUCCAGGAGCAGCUGACCGAGGACAGCGUGUUCCUGAAAGCGGACCGGAGACUGGACACCGAGCUGGUGGAUAAAGUCAUCCUGCAGCUGAACAGAAUCUACCCGCAGAUCCUCUCCGACAAGGAGGCCACCAAAUUCAGAAACUUGGACGUGCCGACAGGUGUUCGGCUCGGGGAGCUGCUGGCCCACCUGCAGGGGAAGGGAGAGGAGGCGUGCAGGGAGUUCUACAGAGCUCUUCACUUGCACGUAGAGGAGGUCUACUACAGCUUGCCCACACGGCUGCGCCUCAGAGAUUCCUUAGAUCCACUUGCAUAUCCACGUGUCUACCAACAGAAAUAUGUUCUGAACGACAGAGGUCCUCUCUUCUUUCUGGGCUGUUUCAGCGUUGCUAUGGGAAUGGCUUUGCUCUAUUACUACAGUGAGGCCAAAGUGACGGGAGGGAGCCGGGCCCUUGGGAUGGCUGCUCUGGGUUUGAAAAGAAAAGCACAGGAGGUUCUCAUUUGGUACACUGACGAAUCACUCAUGAUGUAAGGGUGUGCUUUAGUAGUUCCUGCUUUUACCACAGUACAUCACAGCAUAUCAUUUACGGAGUUGAAUACUAAUUUUGUCUACAGUUGUGCUGUAAGAGUGUUUUGCAUGUGAUCCACAUUUUUGAAUUUAAAGAAAUUUUGGUAUGGGGUAAAUCCAGAUCUGCAUUUGUACCUUUGCCCCUUUCCCCCCAUGUUUUGGUAUCCAUUUAAGCCGAUUGAGGGGACUGAAUUCAGUGAAGGGGUGAACACAGUAAAAACACGCUAAUUAAAGCGGCAGUUUUCACGUCUCAAGUCUUCGAAUGUGACAUGAAACAACUUGAAACGGUACUGAAUACUAGUUACUAGCACUACAUUUUUUUUAUGAACUUCCAAAAGCAUUGCUUACCUUUCUUUAACACAUUUUUUUCAGAAUAUAUAAAUUAUCAUUAAAUCCAGAAAACGAAAACAUGCAUUGCUGCCCUCUUGUGGCCAAACUAGUUUAACAGCUGCACAAAUGUUGUGGUUUGUGGUUAAAUUCGAAAUUCUUUAAAGUUUCUUCUCACGUGUAAACAAAAGAUUAGUAAUUUGAAAAAGAGGCAGAAAAAAUGAAUCAAGCUGUGUUCCUAGAAUGACACCGUGGACGAUAUUUACAGUCACGUGAUUGCUUCUACCAAUGAUAUACCGUUCUACAAGCGAGGUGCAUCAUGGGUAGCCCUGUGAACAACUCGAAAUAUACAAUUGUCAGUUAAGAUUUGUAAAAGUAACAAAAAGAAGUCACCGACCAACUAUUAUUCAAUGACGAAUUAAACAUUUAUGUUUAAUAUCUGUAGUUAUUGUUACAAUCCGGAAGUUACACCAUAGGUAAGAGCACGAGAGAAAUCUCCCUGCAUAUAUAGCUGGCCGUCGCCUCCCUAUGACGUGUUGUAUGAAAGGAGAGAAGGUUAGCACUCCCCUUGACAAGGAUGGAAUUGGCCCUUGUGGCCAUCAACACACAUACGGUUAAGGCACUGCCACCUACUUCGUGGCAUCUAUAACCAGAUUUUUUCCCGUCAUGCCUUUGUUACGUUGUAUGACGGCGCUUCUUCGUGUUGCUCUUUUCUUUUCUUCUUGGUCAGUUCUAACACGCAGAGGAUGAACCUCACUGAAUCACAACCACGUGUUCAUCCGUAUGAAUCCUCUCAUCGGUUUUUUCUCUGUACUUUCACAGAUGUGAAGGUGCUUUUUUCAACUGUAUUUCUUUGUGGUUUUCUAUGAUUCAGGAUAUCAAAAUAUAAGAUGUAUUCAACUGAUAUGCCUUUGUUAUUUCUUCCCUUUACUCAACAAUUUUGAAUUUUUAUAAGGAAAUAUUAAUGAUUUAUUUCGAUUGCUUUUUAUUGAAUGUUUACUAAAUUAAUCCAGUGCCUGACAGUUACAUUCUGUGUGUGGUGUAAAACAAGGUUUUCUUUGUACAAUUCAAAAAUUGCAUUAUAAAAUAAACAAGACAAUAAACCCAAUACUUUUGUAG